CCUCAUUUGCCUGUUGGAUUGUGUAUCGUUCCCUUGCGCUAAUCAGCGAUUGGAUGGAGCGAUAGGAGAUGUCCUGGAACAUGCAAACUCAGGCAAAUCUCUCAGGGGGCGAGAGCUAAGAGGAAGAGGAGAAGAAAGAUUCUUUAAUGCCACAGUGAUAGGCCAAAAUCUUUUAGUUCUCUCCCCGGGGGAUAUACGGCUGUGCUCAACCCUGGCUUGUUGUAAGAACCAGCCGGACUUGCAUAGAGACAAUAAGUCUUAUAAAGAAGCCAGCAUCUCGGUUGCUUUACACGCGUCUUCCACCUCCUCAGCAGCAACACCAGUUGUUACAGACAUUUCCUUCAGAUUAAGAUUACCUGUGAAACAUGGAGUACACAUUCAAAGCAGUAACCCAUAAUCCUGGGAUUAUUAUUUGGCGAAUCGAGAAAAUGGAGCUGGUGCAGAUCCCUGAAAAGUCCUAUGGCAACUUCUACGAGGGUGACUGCUACAUCCUACUUUCUACCCAGAAAGUGGGCAGCAUUCUGGGCUAUGACAUCCACUACUGGAUUGGGUCCCAGUCCAGUCAGGAUGAACAGGGUGCGGCCGCUGUCUACACCAUCCAGCUGGAUGAGUUCCUGGGAUCGGGGCCCGUCCAGCACCGCGAGGUCCAGAACCAUGAGUCUGAUGCCUUCCGGGGAUACUUCAAACAAGGGAUAAUCUAUAAAAAAGGUGGGGUGGCAUCUGGAAUGAGACACACGGAAACUAACAGUUAUGACACUCAGAGACUGCUGCAUGUUAAAGGGAAGAAAAGGGUCAGCGCCAUGGAGGUUGAGUUGAGCUGGAAAAGCUUCAAUCUUGGGGACGUCUUUUUGUUGGACUCUGGUAAGACCAUCAUUCAGUGGAAUGGACCAGAGAGCAACAGACAGGAGAGGCUUAAGGGUAUGUUGCUGGCUAAAGAUAUCCGGGACCGUGAGCGAGGGGGUCGGGCAGAAAUAGGGGUGAUAGAGGGGGAAGCCGAGGGAAGUUCCUCUAAACUGAUGGAGAUCCUGACUAGCGUUCUUGGGGAGCGGACCUUCAAGCUGCCCAGUGGAAUGCCCGAUGAAGAAGCUGACCAACAACAGAAAGCUCAACUUACUCUGUAUCAGGUGUCUGAUGCUGAUGGCCAGAUGAAGGUCACAGAAGUUGCCACAAGGCCACUGGUUCAAGACCUUCUAAACCAUGAUGACUGUUACUUUUUAGACCAGGGAGGGAUGAAGAUCUUUGUGUGGAAGGGGAAGCGAGCCAGCAAGGCAGAGAGACAGGCUGCCAUGUCCAGAGCUUUGGAGUUCAUUAAGCUGAAGAACUACCCCACCACCACCAACGUGGAGACAGUGAAUGAUGGGGCUGAGUCGGCCCUCUUUAAACAGCUGUUCCAGAGCUGGAGAGUAAAGGAACAGACUGUUGGCCUGGGCAAAUCACACAGUGUGGGGAGUGUAGCUAACGUCGUUCAGGAGAGGUUUGAUGCCACACGAAUGCAUGUGAUGCCUGAAUUGGCGGCACAGGAGCGCAUGGUGGACGAUGGUACUGGCCAGGUGGAGGUGUGGCGUAUCGAGGACCUGGAGUUGGUUCCAGUGGAACCCCAGUGGCAUGGCUUCUUCUAUGGAGGAGACUGCUAUCUAGUGCUCUACACUUAUAAGGUCCAAAGCAGGCUAAACUACCUCCUGUACUUAUGGCAGGGGCGCCAUGCCUCUCAGGAUGAGAUAGCGGCGUCUGCUUUCCAAGCUGUGGCCCUGGAUCAGAAGUAUGGUGAUCAGCCUGUACAAGUGAGGAUCACAAUGGGCAAGGAGCCCAGACACUUCAUGGCCAUGUUCAAGGGUAAAAUGGUCAUUUUUGAGGGUGGUACCUCCAGGAAAGGGGGAUCUGACCCGGAGCCUCCCAUUAGAUUGUUCCAAAUCCACGGUUCUGACACUUCCAACACCAAAGCCAUAGAGGUGCCGGCACUAGCAGCUUCGCUCAAUUCCAAUGACGUCUUUCUGCUGAAGAGCCAGUCAACAAUUUACCUUUGGUGCGGCAAGGGAUCUAGUGGAGAUGAAAGAGCCAUGGCUAAGGAGGUCGGCUCUGUUAUUGGACUUCAUUCUGUUGCUGAGGAGAUUGUGGCAGAAGGUCAGGAGCCUGUUGUAUUCUGGGAGUUACUUGGAGGGAAGGCCCCGUAUGCCAGUGACAAGAGACUACAGCAGGCUGUUCUGGAUCAUCAGCCACGUCUCUUUGAAUGCUCCAAUAAGACUGGACGUUUCAUCGUUACUGAGGUGUCUCAGUUCACCCAGGAUGAUCUCAGCGAGGAUGAUGUCAUGCUCCUAGACACUUGGGACCAGGUCUUUCUCUGGGUGGGGAACGAGGCCAAUGAGGUGGAGAGGAAAGAGGCAGUGGUGACCAGUCAGGAGUAUCUGCGAACCCACCCAGGGUCCCGGGACCCUCACACCCCCAUCUUCCUCAUCAAACAGGGGUUUGAACCCCCCACCUUUACUGGCUGGUUCACUGCAUGGGACCCCUAUAAAUGGAGUGGAGGCAAAAGCUACGAAGAGCUGAAGAAAGAUUUGGGAGAUGUUACAUCACUCACAAUGAUCACAACUGAGCAGAAUGGUGUUGAAAGCAAGAAAGUCUUUCAGUCUUACCCACCAAAGGACCUAAUCAGGAAACUAGCCAAUGAGCUACCCGAAGGUGUUGACCCUACCCACAAGGAGAAACAUCUCUCAGACACAGACUUCAGUGUCAUUUUUGGAAUGUCCAAAGACCAGUUUGCCGGACUACCUCAAUGGAAACAGUUGAAUCUUAAAAAAAGCAAAGGCUUAUUUUAAGGGGAAUAUAUUGCUAAUUAUUUAUUUAAAAAAAUGUAAGCAGCAAAACAUACUUCUUGUAUCUUUGUCAACCUUUUAAUCUUGUAAUUGUUUGUCAUUUUAAUAUCAAUGACAGAAAAAUUCAGUGGAGCUUAAAGUGGUCUAAGUUACUGUCAAAAGGAUGUCAUAUAGGUCUAGUCUCUAGUGUCAGGUCACUGCAAGCUCAAUCGAAGAUUGUUGCCCAGAGAAUACACUGACGAACAUAUUAUAUUAUUUUCUAAAAUAUUAUUUAUUGUCUUUCUCUUAAUUUAGCAUAACAGUCGAUAUUUUAAAUGCAAUCAACCUAAUAAAACAUGUGAAUUAUGAA